AUGUUUUCAACCAGGCCAGUUAGCUGGGCCAGUCUUCAGACUCUCCGAUCGCACUUGAAUGGUAGGCUCGUCAGAUUUAGGAGAAAUGACAAUGCCGCCAACAGCAGCCUAUUGCGACAGGUGCAGAAUGACGUUGACUUUUUCGAAGCUGAUCUACGGUACAUUUUCAUGAUCAUUCCUACGGUUACAGAUAUUCCGGAUGAUGAAUAUGAUGAACUUAAUCAACUGUCGCAUAAUCUCCUCACUGCUCUGGACGGCAUGGUUAAUCAAGAUUUCAUCAAAGCAUUCAAAGCGCCCAAGACAGGAGGGCCUAGAACUGGAGCACACGAUAUCAUUAUCGGCAAUCCCUAUCCGCGAUUAUGCUCUAUUAUUACCCUUUUGGAGACUUCCUCCAGUCAUUUCCACUUGAUAACAGGCCAGGAUUCGCUCUUCGUACUAAUCGAAGGCCAGACCCGGGUUGUUGCCAUGGAUGCUCUUGCCCAUAUGAAGGAGGUCUUGGAGCGGCUUGCAAACGGUGCACGGGAGCAUAAAUACCCUCGGUUGAGUCAAAAACCGCCAACAGACCUUUCCGCAGAGAAGCCCUCGGGGGCUCAGGAUGGGGUGCCUCGAAAACAUGCAAGUCUCGUUGUGAACACUCUGUUCAGAGAUAUAAGACAACGAAGUUGCGGAAAGCAACAUGAAAUUAAGUUAAAGGUGCCAGGAGAUUGGCAAACUGGCCCCCAGAAGACUGUACUAGAUAUGUUUCUCUCCUGUUGCUUAGAUCAAGAGGCAUGGCAUCGAACUCGAUUCGGCAAUUUUCAGUAA